AUGAAAUGGAUUGGCUGUACCAGUGCCCUGAUUACACUACUAUCCCUCGUACUCCUCACCACGUCAAAUGACGCCCAGUUUAAACAGGUUACGCAAGAACUCCAGGAGUGCGCACCGCUGCUAAUGAAACAGCAGGACGAGUCCCUCGAGUCCUUUUUGCGUGUCUCUAGAAUGGUUUGUGGCAACCAGGGUGACCAAGUCUGUUGUCCCAAAGGACAGACGAUCCCCGCACUGAAUCACAAUCCCACGGAACGCCCAAUCAUUGGUCCUCAGUUCCCGCCGAAGAACCCCGGAAAUCCCUUCGUUUCAUCAUUCGAGCCCUUAAUCGAACAACGGGGUCCUUCGUGCCGCGGACCAGACACCAAACCUGGAUAUUGUAUAGAACUCAAUGACUGCGAUUCCCUGCUUAGUGAGCUGAGGCUGGAUAAACCUAAGGACCAGAGUUUCAACGAUUUUUUGCGUGUCUCCAGAAUGGUUUGUGGCAACGAGGGUGACCGGGUCUGUUGUCCCAAAGGACAGACGAUCUCCGCACUGAAUGCCAAUAUAACUACCACACCGGCAUCCAUUAUUCCCAGGAAAACGGAUAAAGUGCUUCUCAGCAUGGAAGAUGGAUGUGGCUAUACGAGUGUGGUGAAAAAGAAGAUCGUGGGCGGGGUGGUAAGCCAAAUUGGGGCGUGGCCCUGGAUCGCACUGCUGGGAUAUAAUGAUCCAAAGGAAAAGUUCAAGUGCGGAGGAGCCCUGAUCACCGCCAGACACGUGAUCACGGCGGCCCACUGCAUCGUUCCGAAUCUGACAUUUGUGCGAUUGGGAGAACAUGAUCUUUCCACGGACUUGGAAACUCGCCAUGAGGACAUUCAAAUUGAGAAAAAACUAGCCCAUCCAGAGUACAACCCACGAAUUGGACGCAGUGACUUGGGCAUCCUGUAUUUGGUGCGAAAUGCGGAGUUUACGACCAAUAUCAGACCCAUUUGCCUGCCAUACACCCCCAACCUGCGCCAGAAAUCUUACUUGGGUUUUAAUCCCUUCGUCGCCGGAUGGGGAAAGACAAUGGAGCGUGGUAAAUCAGCUACCUUGCUGAACGAGCUGCAAAUUCCCGUCAUAGAAAAUAGCGUGUGCCGCCAGAGUUACGCAAAACAUAAUUAUUUUAGUAAAAUUCCCGACGAACAGUUCGACAGCGCCGUCCUCUGCGCAGGAGAUCUGUCCGGAGGCAAGGAUACGUGUCAGGGCGACUCCGGUGGUCCGCUUAUGAUGCCGGAAUCAUUUGAAGGCACUUUUCGGUACCAUCUGAUCGGCGUGGUGUCCUACGGCAUCUCCGGGUGUGGCCGACCUAAUGUCCCCAGCGUACUUACGAGCACACAGUACUUCAUGGACUGGAUCAUCCACCAGGUGCAUGAUAUGCCCUGAGUUGUCA